AUGGCGGAGGCGGGCGCGGGGAGCCCGCACGGCGGGGACGCGGCGCCGCCGGGGCCGCCCGAGGAGCAGGAGCUGAGCCGGCGCCUCCGCCGCCUCUACCCCGCCGUCAACCAGGACGAGACGCCGCUGCCGCGCUCCUGGAGCCCCAAGGACAAGUACAACUACAUCGGCCUCUCGCAAGGCAACCUGCGCGUCCACUACAAAGGUCACGGUAAAAAUCACAAAGAUGCUGCCUCGGUCAGGGCCACUCACCCCAUCCCUGCAGCUUGUGGCAUUUAUUACUUUGAAGUGAAGAUCGUCAGUAAAGGUAGAGAUGGGUACAUGGGAAUAGGACUUUCUGCUCAAGGAGUCAACAUGAACAGGCUUCCUGGAUGGGAUAAACAUUCUUAUGGGUACCAUGGAGAUGAUGGGCACUCCUUCUGUUCCUCGGGGACAGGGCAGCCCUACGGCCCCACGUUCACCACUGGAGAUGUCAUUGGCUGCUGUGUCAACCUCAUCAACAACACCUGCUUCUACACAAAAAAUGGCCACAGUUUAGGUAUAGCCUUUACAGACCUCCCUUCAAACCUCUACCCUACAGUGGGUCUCCAGACUCCAGGGGAGAUCGUGGAUGCCAACUUUGGGCAGCAGCCCUUUGUGUUUGACAUUGAGGACUACAUGAGGGAGUGGAGGGCGAAGAUCCAGAGCACCAUUAAGCGGUUUCCCAUAGGAGACAGGCUGGGAGAGUGGCAAGCCAUGCUGCAGAAUAUGGUUUCCUCAUAUUUGGUCCAUCAUGGGUACUGUUCAACAGCAACUGCCUUUGCCAGAGUCACAGACACCACAAUCCAGGAAGAACAGACCUCAAUAAAGAAUAGACAAAGAAUACAGAAGCUAGUAUUAGCAGGCAGAGUGGGAGAGGCUAUAGAAGCCACCCAGCAGCUCUAUCCUGGCCUCCUAGAACAUAACCCCAACCUGCUCUUCAUGUUAAAGUGCCGGCAGUUCGUGGAGAUGGUGAACGGCACGGACAGCGAGGUGCGCUGCUUCAGCGCCCGCAGCCCCCGCUCCCAGGACAGCUACCCCGGCUCCCCCAGCCUGAGCCCCAGGCAUGGAUCCACCAACUCACACCUUCACAGUACUGGAGCAGAUAGUCCAACCUGUAGCAAUGGAGUCAUGUCCACAAAAAGCAAACAGAGUCACAGUAAAUACCCAGCACUGAGUUCAUCAUCUUCAUCUUCCUCCUCCUCUUCCCCUUCAUCUGUGAACUACUCGGAGUCCAAUUCCACAGAUUCUACCAAAUCUCAGCAGCACAGUAGUACGAGUAAUCAAGAAACCAGUGACAGUGAGAUGGAAAUGGAGGCUGAGCAUUACCCCAACGGAGUCCUGGAGAAUUCAUCCACCAGGAUAAUGAAUGGCACCUACAAACAUGAGGAGAUCCUGCAGACAGAUGAGUCCAGCAUGGAAGACAGCUGCCCCCAGAGGCAGCUCUGUGGAGGGAACCACGCUGCCACAGAGAGAAUGAUCCAGUUCGGGCGGGAGCUGCAGAUCCUGAGCGAGCAGCUUUGCAGAGAGUAUGGGAAGAACACCAUGCACAAAAAGAUGCUUCAGGAUGCCUUUAGCUUGUUAGCUUACUCAGACCCUUGGAACUGCCCUGUUGGCCAACAGCUGGACCCCAUCCAGAGGGAACCUGUGUGUGCUGCUCUCAAUAGUGCUAUUUUGGAAUCUCAGAACCUGCCAAAGCAGCCCCCGCUGAUGCUGGCCCUGGGCCAGGCCUCGGAGUGCCUGCGGCUGAUGGCGCGCGUGGGGCUGGGCUCCUGCUCCUUCGCCAGAGUGGACGAUUAUUUGCACUGACAGGAGCUGCCGUGGAGUGCUGCCCUUCACCCUCUGCUGCUGCCACUCUGCACCACCACCUCCUCCCUGCCACAAGCCCCUGUAGCACACACACACACACACACACACACACACACUGCCCGUGCCAGGACGGAGCGAGUCCCUCGCUGUGUGGCUGCUGUGACCCCGGGGAGCCUGGCGGGGCUGAGCCGUCUCCCUGCGCUCAGUAUUUCGCUGGUUAUUCUAAUGUAGCACCUUCUGAUGUAGGGAUUUUUUUCUCUUUUUUGUUUUUGAUUUGAGUUGUUUCUCAUGGUUCCACCGAUGUUUUAUCUGGAGAGUUUUGCUGAGCUGGUUUAUGCUGAUUUACUGAGGAAGUUCAUCAAGUUGGUGACAGCUUGUUCUUUUCUUCCCUUCUCCCUCCAUCGUGCACAUACAGCAUCAUCCGUGCUAGUAAUCAGAACUCUUCUCACAGUGGCAGUUCAGAGGGAAUUUUUUUUUUAUUUUAUUUGAAUCAUGUUUAUUAAAAAGGUCUCUUCCACCUCCA